ACCAUACACCCCAGCAACCGGCAAAAUUGCAACCAAGAGAAGACGAACGGAAAAUUCAGAGAGAUUCAACGUGAAUGGGAUUUUCUUGUUUACGAUUUUCUUCUGUGAAAUAGAAAUUUGUUUGGUUUCAAAAUUUUCCGGUUUUUGAAGCUCCAUGGAAGCUUAUAAGCAAUGGGUUUGGAGAAAUAGAGAGUAUGUACAUUCCAUAGGAUCUCUUGCCAACGGGUUGACAUGGCUGCUUCCUGAGAAGUUUUCUGCUUCAGAGAUUGGACCAGAAGCAGUAACGGCUUUUCUGGGGAUAUUCACAACCAUCAAUGAACACAUUAUUGAAAAUGCUCCAACAACGCCUGCUCAUGUUGGAUCUUCCAAGACUGAUCCAUCCCUUUCUUAUCCGCUACUCAUCGCCAUCCUAAAAGACUUGGAAACUGUUGUGGAAGUAGCAGCUGAACACUUCUAUGGAGAGAAAAAAUGGAACUACAUUAUUGGUACCGAAGCUAUGAAGGCUCUUAUUAGAUUAGCCUUGUUUCGGGAUAGCGGAUAUAAGAUGCUUCUACAAGGAGGGGAAACACCUAAUGAUGAGAAAGACUCUAACCAAAAUAGAGCUGGUGAUGCAGAUAGGAAUCCUAGGAACCAAGAUCAUCAUAAUCCAUGGAACUUGGAAGGACGUGCGAUGUCAGCUUUAAACUCAUUCGGUCAGAAUGCAAGAACAAGAACAGCAACAACAACAUCAUAUAACUCGGGUUGGUCUCGAAGGAUUCAACAUCAGCAAGCAGUUAUAGAGCCUGCGAUGGUCAAGGAGAAGCGAGCAACGCUCUCGGAGCUAUUAUCUGAGAAGGGUGUUAAGGGAGCGUUGUUUGUAAUGGGUGAGGUUUUAAUCAUAACGAGACCGCUCAUCUACGUUCUUUUCAUCAGAAGAUAUGGAAUCCGGUCUUGGAUUCCUUGGGCUAUAUCGCUUUCCGUGGACACACUUGGAAUGGGGAUUCUCUCAAAUUUAAAGCUGUGGGGAGAGAAGAGCAAGCAAAUCCAUUUCUCUCAACCUGAAAAGGACGAGCUUAGGAGACGGAAGCUGCUAUGGGCAUUGUACCUGAUGAGAGAUCCAUUCUUCACCAAGUACACAAGGCAGAAGCUGGAACGCUCUCAGAAGACGGUGGAACCAGUUCCUUUGAUCGGAUUCCUCACAGAGAAAAUUGUUGAGCUUUUGGUGGGAGCUCAGUCACGGUACACUUACAUAUCGGGAUCGUGAGUGUUAAACCCGUUUUGCUCUCAAGGGUUUCUGCAACGGCACUGGAAUACUUUUUUAGAUCUACUUAGGGAGUGGUUUCAUGCUUUGUAAGAAAUUGCGUUUAUUGCAAUUAGGACAUAAUCACAGACUGAUGUAAUUUGAUGAUGAGCUGUUUAUGUCUCUAAAGAAUGGGACCCAUACAAUAAAUAAAACAAGCAUCAAAGUUUUAUUUUGAGUCUACGAAAGAGAAUUGUUGAUAAGUUAAAAGGUGUAGGUAACCAAUUUGUAUUCUGAAUCCGUA